AUGAAGUUAGUUGAGAAAUGGUCACAAUUGCCUAAAUGUGGUGUUGUAGUAGAAGUUGAAAUGAUAGCAACAAUAGAUGAGGAGGAGGAGGAGGAGGGGGAGGGGGAGGGGACGGGUAUGGGUAUGGGUGGGUGGGUGGGUACGGAAUGA